AUGCGCUCGAUAUGGUCAAAUACCCUAAAAGAACAUCCCUGGGGCAAAGUAACCGACCAACUUGGAGUGUAUAAUAAUACCUAUUUACGUAACUACAUACGAAGAUAUGUGUACGUGCAAUAUCUAUAUGUGGAAACCUCCUUAGUAAAUUGCGACAUUUUCGAGUUCCUGAAGAUCAUCGAGCUUUCAUCAGGGCACACAAAAAGAAAGCACGCACACGAAGAUGCACCCGGGUUUCAUAUUUAUCACUUCACAGCUGCACCUAUGAUCGAUCCUUAUCCAAGAUGGCCGCCGGCGCGCGUGAACUGGCGGGAAACAAGCGCAGACGCACCUCCUUUGCGCGGACAUCAAUCUUUUACACUGCACUUUGAU